AUGAGAUGUGAAUGGGAGGGAUGCCAGGAGGAGAUUGGGGACAACGUGAGAGGCCACCUGCUUUCCCACAUAGAAAAAGAUGAGGAGGCCAGGUGCCUGUGGAAGGACUGCGCGAGGUAUGGAGAGGCCCAGGCCAGCAAGCAUGCUCUGCUUGCCCAUGCACGGAGACAUACUGGAGAGCGACCCUUUGAAUGCCACCUGUGCGGAAAGGACUACACACGUAGUGACCCCCUCAAGAAGCACCUACUCCGCCACGAGGCUGUUGACAGCAAGAACGAGAAUCUAAUAAGGAAAAUUGAAUAUCUGGGACAGCUUCUUGCGGAAUACCGCAGAGAAAGUCUGAGGAUCAUGAAUGACAUCGAGUCCAUAAGAUACAACAUCCAGGCCAUGAGCAGAAAAAUAGCUUAUGAGACCAAAGGAAAUAAAUCUUCCCUAUAA